AUGGCAUUCUACUGGAAAAUUGGCGAUGGCCAAACAACCUCUCUGUGGUUUGACAACUGGCACCCUAGAGGGCCCUUGAACCUGUUCUUCUCAGAUUCUCUUAUCUAUAGCUCAGGGCUCUCUAGACAAGCUUGUGUUGCUGACCUCUUCUCAUAUGCUGGCCAAGCUCUCAGGUUGGUGCUUCAAUCGUGGGGGCAACCUCUUCCGAUCCUGACGAAUGACCCGGAUCGUUGCUGUUGGCGAGAAAGCUCUUCGGGCCAAUUCACUAUGGCAUCGGCGUGGAACUUCAUCAGGAAGAAGAGGACGCAGGUCCACUGGUACUCCUUCGUAUGGGACAACGCCAUAGUGCCUCGAUAUCAACUCAAUCUUUGGCUCAUGGCCAAGCGUAGGCUUCCAACCCAGGACCUCCUUCUGGCCUAUGGUAUAAUUGGGAAUGCUGCCCGUGCGUUUUGCAAGAAUGUGCCUGACUCUCUUGACCACUUGUUUUUUGACUGCUAUGUCACGGCUAGCGUUGCUUUCUUUUGGGCGUCCAGAUGCAAUUUACCCCGGCGCAACAGAGGUUGGGGGGAGAAUUUCAGAUGGGCAACUACCUAUUUGAUGGGGAAAGAUUUCUAUAAGUGCAUAGCCCGUUUUUCCUUUGGCGCGUUGUGUCACAUCAUUUGGAAAAAUAGGAAUGACAUCAUCUUUAGAGACCAGCCUCUCUCAAUUCCGGCCAUCAAGAACCACCUCUUCAAAGUGGUCCGAGACAAGGCUAUCACCUUCAGGAACGUCGAAGACAAUUUCAUAAACAGAAGGCUGCAGAGAAGUUGGAGCCUAGACCCGAUUAUUUUCAAUGGGGACCCGUAG